AUGAAGGCAACGGGAAGCUUCGUGCAAGAGGAAGCGUCGGUUUCCUGCCAAGCCUGCAAUAGUCAACGUGGAGGUUGUAUGCACGUUGUCGGCAAGUUCGUCCAGUCCAAGCGCAGCUAUGCCGACUUCACAGGUUGCAAUGCAUCCAGUAAUGGAGGCGCUUUGAGCGCCGAGAAGGGUGUCUACUUGGGGGGCAACAGCAGAUUUGAGUACAGCUCUACAGGUUCUGACGGUGGCUGCCUUCACACCGAAGGUCACGCAAACUUUCAGGGCUUUGCCAAGUUUGACCGCUGCAAAGCUGCUCGCUAUGGUGGUGCCGUGUCAGCCCGAAGUGCGGAGAGCGGCGCACGUGUCGCCUUCGAAGACUGCACAGCUAGAUCGAGCGGCGGUGGCCUCUUCCUCGAAGCGUUUCAUCAGACCGGCGGCUCGGUGACGUUUGCAUUCUGCGAGGCAGAUCUCGACGGAGGAGGUCUGUACCUGAGGGGGGACUUCCGGCAAGAUGGUGGGCAUACCGGCUUCGAGUUUUGUGAGGCAAAGAUUGGCAAGGGCGGCGGCCUGUGUGUCGAAAGAAAUGGAGGUGGCAUGCGUAUCGGUGGCAACUUUACGCAGCUGUCCGGCGGCGUGGCGGCUUUCUCGAGCGUGCUAAAGUAUUGCAGGGACCACGAGCGUCGAAAUGCGUUGACCAUGCGCACAGUAGGAGCUAUCAGCUUCGAGAAUUGCAAGGCUGCCAGGGGCUUUGGCGGCGGAGUGCAAGUCCGUGAUGGCAACUUCACCUCUGCCUCCGGCGUCCUGAAUUUCACGAGAUGCGGUUUGAGAGUUGCACAGCUGAUGGCAGUGGUGGAGGCCUUCAAGUGUAUGGGCCUUCAGCGUGGAAGUCUCUUCCAGCACGGCGGUGACAUCAGGUUCUCUCACUGCAAAGCCGGCAAGGGAGGGGGUCUGGCGCUGCGCCAGGGCUCCCUGCACCAGUUCAUGGGUAGUUUGGGCUUCGAGGACUCCAGCUCUGGCGAGGGUGGUGGACUUUUCGUGGGCAAGGAUGUGCUGCUGAUGGGCGGUGCCAUGAACUUCAGCUACUGCCAAGCAUCUGGGGAAGGCGGCGGAGCGGUGGUGAAGCAAGAUUUUCUUCAACAUGGCGGAGCACUCGUUGUCGAUUCUUGUAACAGCCAGGAUGCUGGCGGCGGUUGCAUGGGUGUCGAAGGUUCGGUCUUUAUGAGUGGCUCCAACACCUUCAAACGGUGUGUCGCUCUGGGAGAUCGUGCAGGUACGGGUGGGGGCGGACUCUACACUCAGGAGACCUUCACCCAGCUUGGCGGCAUCAUCAACUUCACUAGGUGUCGGGCCCUCAAGUCCGGUGGGGCAUUGCGGAUCAACAACGGCAGCCUACUCGCGAAGUCGGGCACGAUGAUUUUCAAGAAGUGCAAGGCUGAGAAGAGCGGUGGAGGAUCCGACGUGGGUCUUCAUGUCUAUAUUGGACCGGAAGCAAAGAUGUUCCUUUAUGCAUGCAGUGCUCAUUAUUUGGGCGGAGGUAUAUACCUCAACGGCCGCUUCUUCCAAGACGGGGGAAGCAUGCAUUUCAGCGGCUGCCAAGCAGACGUUGGAGGAGGUCUGGCCGUGUUCGGAAGUUAUUUGCAUCAGCAAGCGGGCAGAAUGCACUUCCUUCACUGCCACGCCGCUUUCGGUGGCGGCAUAUGGGUGCAGGAGAACAUGACCGUGGGCAGCAGCGUGGUUCUUUCCAAAUGCAAUGCCAGCGUGGGAGGAAACGCAUCCAUGGAGUACUGCAGAUCGAUUGGGUCGGGCGGUGGCCUCCUGAUGGGCAGCGGAGGUGUGCGACAGCAAGCUGGCAGCAGGUUGAGCUUCCGCCACUGUUCGGCUCGUGGUGGAAACGGCGGUGGAAUGUCGGCUUACAGCUUUGCCUCGCAGGGCUUUACAGAGUUUGCAAGCUGCGUGGCAUCCUCCGAAGACUCUGGAGGCGGCAGCGGUGGGGGUUUCUACAUCAGCAGCGGGAAUGGCACCAUUCAGCAAAGCCGGGGCCGCAUGAGCCUCACCAAUUGCACCGCUGAGCAGCGUGGUGGUGGGUUCUACCUUGGAUCCACAGUGCCCGGAGACCUCAGGGACAUUUCCUUCGACCGCUGUGGCACGUAUGGCGACGCAGGCACCUUCUACGCGAAAUCGCAUGCUUUGAAUGUCUCUAACCUGACUGUCCUCGAGCCUCGCAGCGUGGACUUCGACAUUAUUUCAGAGGGCAAGCUUGCGCUCCAAGAUCUUCAUCUGCACAGCAGCAACCGGAAGUUCGGCAUGGGCAUAUGGUCCGGGAACCUCCACGCAGGGACUGUGAACUGCACUCUGUUGAAGUGGUGCAGUUUGGUGGCGCCCGAGCGGCAUGUUGAUCACCUGCACUGCCCAGCGGGCACCGGAAUUCAAAAGGGCGAUGAUUUCAGCAACUGCUCGGUAUGCGAAGAUAACUUUACAGUGCUCCCUGGUCACACACAAUCCAAGUGUGUGCCAUGCCCGACGCACAAUGACUUCUGCUACGUGGAUAAGUUCAAGAUGACGCCAGGGCACAUGGUUCAGAAGCCAGACAUCAGUUUGACGAUCUUCUGCCCGAACCCAGCAGCAUGUCCUGGUGGAAAUUCCACGGACUUUUCGACCAUGUGCGCGCCAGGCUAUCAAGGUCGCGCUUGUGCAAGAUGUACGCAGGGCUACUCCAUCUCAGACAGCAGUGUGCUCAUCUGCACCCGCUGUGCAACGGAUUUCUGGCGGAAGCUCUUGCAAUGGGCCUAUAUGCUUGCGAAGCACAUCUUGCCCUUUGCGGUGGCAGCUUACAGUGCACUGCAAGUCGAAGAUGCCGAGGAGGUCAAGCGCAGCGGUGUGCUAAUCAACCAGCUGCUUUCCUUCGCCACGGUUGCCGGCACCCUCUUGAUCCUGGGUCCUUGUUAUACCUUCCGAAGGUUUAAGCAGGUUUCCGUCUUUUCUUGUUCUGGUAUCUUGGAUUACAUUCUUGGACUAGAAUCCAGGAUCAUGGUUGCCCAGACCAAUGCAAUGCGAGAAAUCAAGCUGACGGCAGCCACUUUGAAGCACUUGCAAGCAGGCAGUAGCAUGACUACAUGUGGGAGUUUCAGACAAUAA